AUGGAACUUAAUAAGUCUAAUAUAAUACAGAGAACAGAAAAUACGGCUACACUGAUUUUCUUUUGUGUGGUAGGCCUUUUUUGCCAAGGGAAUGCAAGAGAGGUGGGACUCACUCCAGACAUUCUGCUGAGAUCUGAGCAGAAUCUGAGGUACCCACUAAAACCACCUCGGGUAGUACCAACAAAACCUCAUCAGUCCCUUGGUGUCGCUUUCGCAUUCUACCGGAACCUCAGCGGUUUUCGGGGAUCUCCAACUGUUUAA